UCGAAAGGGAGAGAGUGAUGAGUGCAAGCAACGGAGGUGGGCCUUGUGGCGCCUGCAAGUUCCUUAGGCGCAAGUGCAUAAACGGAUGCGUGUUUGCGCCCUAUUUUGACUCAGACCAAGGCACAGCUCACUUCGCUGCGGUGCACAAGGUGUUUGGUGCUAGCAAUGCUUCCAAGCUGCUCUUGCGCAUUCCGGCACAUAAGCGGCUCGAUGCCGUCGUUACGCUUUGCUAUGAGGCUGAGUCUAGGAUUAGAGACCCCGUGUAUGGCUGCGUUGGUCACAUCUUUACUCUCCAACAGCAGGUAGUGAAUUUGCAGGCAGAGCUGGCGUUCGUUCAAGCCCGCCUUGCCACAUUGCAUCGCCUUCCUCCGCCGCACUCUCAGAGCCCAUCACCUACAAAUCACCAUUCCUCCUCAGAUUUGGGUUCAACUUCAGACCUGCAAUCUAACUCUAACUCAGCCAUGCAUUUUGAUCCUCUACAUCCACAUCCAAUUCCCACAGAAUUAACAAGUUUUCUCAAUUCAUUGGAUGGAGAUCUGGAGGCUGGGACUGUCCAAGUAUUGGCUCGGGAAAUCAUCUCUAGGUACUUGCCCGGAGUAAGAUUCCGGCCUUCAAGUCCUAAUUAAAUUAAAUCCUAGCUUCUUGCAUGUAUGUAUUAAUGGCGACAUGCAUUUUGGGCAUUUUGGCUGGCAAUGUCUACUGGAAAAUCGUACCUACUUUUUUUCCACAAGUUUUAUUUCAACUUAUAACCACUCCCAUAAUUUCCCAGCCAAAGUAGCUAUCAUUGUCAAUUUUAUGACCAAAAUUUG